AUGGCGGAAUCCAAACCCGGAAAUCCUGAACGAGGUUGGAACGACCCACCUGUCUUCUCAUUCGCUCCCAGCUCUACCAAUACAGCUGAGAGCUCACCCAGGAGAACAGUACUGAACAAGCGAGUGGCUUUCCCCCUUAGUGGGCCUACUAACAUUCCUGCAUCAUCAGACAGUGGUGAUGGCAGCUUGUUACCCCCCGAGUCAGGCCCGCCUGUCACCAGUGGGGUUCUCCUGUUGCCCCCAGCCCUGGACACCACCACCCCUCUGCCAGUGCCCCUGGUUGUCCCUAACCUAGUGCCUGCCAGCCCUCCCGUAUCACCCACCCUGGGAACAGACAAGUUGACAGAGUCAGUGGAGCGGUGUAUGGAAAGACUAGGCUGUUCCACAGACGGGGAGUUUCUCACUCUAGUGGAGGGUCACUUACAGACAGCUUUUGAAAGUUGUAAAGAAUGCUUGAAAGAAAGGGCUAAAGAGGAAAUCAGGAAGAAGAUGUUAUUGUUCAGGGAGGCAUGGGAGCAGAAUAACAUAUCUUCACCAGUCAAAGUCAAGAUGUCAUAUUUAGCCAUUGCAUUAACUGAGAAACGGUUUGCCGCAGCCUUUGAUAUACACCUGGGGUUAAUGGUUGACUACACAGCAGAGGUAAAUAAUUGGAUGGUUGGGAUCAAAAGGUUAAUUCAUGAGUGUAAGCUGCGGUCAGAGGCUAUUCAAGGAGGGGAGGUCUGCCAGGGCAAGAGAAGCGGCGAAGGGGAAUCCCCAGAAAAUACCCAAUCAGAUAAUGGUUCGUCCGAAGCACACUGUGACAAAAAGCCUAAACUAGAGGAAUCUCCAUCAACUGGCAGCUGAUCUUGAUUUUGUAACUCUUAUGUUUACAUACCAAAUGUGUAUACUUGUAAUUAUCCUUGUAAACUGUGAUAUUUAUAAAUUUUGGGACAUUGGUUAAGAAUAAUGGUAUAAUAAUGGUAGUGCAGUGACAUUAAUGGUUGCUAGUUAGUUUAACUUGACAUAUUCACCCCUGCCUGUUCGUGCUGUAGCAUUUUUACUGCAGUUACACUGAGAGAAAGAAAUUGGAGAGAUAUUAAGCUUGGGCUCUGUUUAAAAAAAAAAUGAAUUUCCUCAUCUUUGAAAUAGCUGAAGUACAUAACUAAAUGGAAAUACUCAUGUCUAUAAAAUGUUUCACUUAAUAAAACAGUUUCUGACUUACUGAACCUUUUCAGGUAGACUGAGAUAACAGCUGAACUCAUAGGCAUUCGUGUUGUAGUCCAAAAGCUUUGCCCGAAUUAUUCCAACUGGGAAUGAAAAAUUUGUUUGUACAUGUAAUCUCUUACUGCAAGUGAAACCUUCUUGAAACUUAUGUGCAUAAGUUUUUUUUUUCCUUUAAGAUAAUACAUGUACAUUGAUUUCUUUAUAUUCAGAGAAUACGCCUACCCAUAAGCUAUUCUUCUGUUUCUAUACUUGACUUUCUCAUAAUUUUUAUGUAUAAGAAAACCUUUGACUCAAACUACUGAAACAACCAGAAACCCUAAUGUGUAAUUGACCAAAAUUAUUAGAAUGGGUAGUUAUCAUUCACCUCCAGUAGCCAUACCACUGCACUCACUGUAUGUAGUGAAUGAAAUACAGCUAAUCUUCUGGGUAGUACAACAGCUGCACACGUAAAGUUACGCAUAGUAUUAGUAUAUUCUAAAAAAAAUUAAAUUAUUCCACUCUAAUUUCGACAAUUCUCAUUUAUGACAUUGCUCGUCUUAAUCUGUUAAUUGCAGAUUAAGAAACUGUUUUGUUGAUGUAUUAUGAUGGGAUUUUAUUGAGAGCCUGUGUAUAUAUUUCUGAUGAAAUUUCGAUCAGAUAUUUAGGCUAAUCAUGUCGAAGUUAUUUUAAUGGAUGAACAAUUUUUAAUAAGCAAAUUUUUUUUACUGUCACCAGUAGUUUAGUUUACACUUUGUUGUAGGGAUAGGAUUUCAUGGUUUUGCCGAGUAGUGUCUUAAUUUUUAGAGUUUUCCUCUUGUACAAAGGCCUAAAUGUAUAUACACUAUAAAAAUUGUUUUAUUUAUGCCAUUUACAUUUACAGCAAUUGUAUUCCCUAGGUCAUAGCUGAUUCUAUUUGAAAACUGUUGGUGCUAGCUUCAUAUUAGUAAAUAUGGCCAUAACCAUGUUCCAUAUAAUUUUAAUUUAGUUCUUCAACAUUAACCAAAAUGUGGUGUUUGAUUGAUUUUAGAAAGUCUUUUGACAUUUGUUUGGAAGGUAGGAUGUUAUCCUACCGGAAACAUAUGAGCAUCAGCAACUAGUAAUAUUUGAUGGUAUUUAUUUGCGUCUUAAAAAUGCACUUUUUGGGGCAGAAUUUUACGUCAUUUAAUGUAACCUUGAUUUCCAUAUGGUAGCUCUUUCUGAUACAGAUUGUUUUGUCAGUGUCAGUACUAUGAAUAACUCAGGUGUGCAUAAAUAGUUCUGGUUUAGUUUUUGUGUGAGUCAUUAGCCACAAAAUACCUGGCUGCUUUAACAAUUUUUCGUGCUUUCAUUUAUGCGAAUGAACAAAUAGGAUUUUUUCUGGUCCAGUAGCGGAUGAAAAUGUACUGAAGUGUGCCUUUUUACAGCAAUCUGAGGUCCUCCUUGAAGUAUUCCUUGGUCUUAUCACAUGGCUUGAGGAACAUUAAUUAAUAUAAUGACUAUAAAAAGUGUUAGUAUUUUCUCAAUAACUCCAUUUCAUUGACUGGAUGGGGGUGGCGAAGUAUUUGAUGAUUGUGAAUCUAGCUGAACCAAAUUUUUUAGGUAUCUAAUUGGGUUGGCAUCGUGAAACAUGUGCUGGACACGUCAGGCUUCAUCUGACAAGUGCUUUAUAGGAAUAGGAACAAAAAAAAAAAUAUGAAAUGGUACAGUGAACGAUAGAGGGAUUUUUGAUGUAUAGGCAUUUAUUGGUUGUGGGGUGAUGUUCUUUUUCCUACGCCAUUUGCAUAUAUGGAUAUAUACAUGAAUCAUGCAUGCAUAGCAAAUGGAACAGCUUUAACUUCUUUAUGUAUUGAAAAUAACUACCGGUCAUGGAGAUUUCUCUUUAGCUCAGUUAGUAGACUGGUGGAUUACGGGGUAGGAGAUCAGAGUUCAAGUCCAGGUGUGACCUACAGAGUAAAUGCUUCAGCAAAGACAUCUGGGUUACAGUGGAUGGGAUAUCAUGAUAGCAGUUUUAACCACACCAACCAGUGUCAGAGAUGUAAGGAAAUGCCAAAGGAAGAAAGACCUUCACACCUGAUACAGAAAAAAAUGUGUAUUUUUUAACUGGAUGAGAAACAUUUGUAAGAAUUAAAAUAACUUAUGCAGGUUCAAGGGGUUCAAGCAUGGUUGAUAUAUACAUUCUAGAAAUAUUUUGAACCCAUAAGUAUCAUCAAAUAAUGAACAGUGUUGCAUAAAGUCUGGUUAGGGCUUGUUGGGUUUAUCUCUACUCUACUGCCAGCUGCAUCUCUAAAAAAGACAUAUUAAAUAUGUAAUGAUGAUGUUACUUUUAUAUUAAACUGAUAAUUGUUUUUAAGGCAGUGAGGUUUUGUGAUGUGACACUAAAAUUUUGUAAAAUAGGUAAAUUUUGAUACGUUUAAGUUCUGGGGGAAACAAUAGAGUGAUUUUGCAACCAGUUUAGUGCCUGCCUGUUCAGGAUGUCGUUCAAGGAGUAAGAUGCGCAGAUCACGGGUGUCCAUCGUGGUUUUGGGGUUGUAUCCACUUAAUCCUCUUUUUUUUCUGCUGAUGCACUAACUACACUGCCGAUAUUUUACCUGAUAUACCAUAAUGGUCAAAAUGAUACCCUUAAUUAAUAAUCAUUGCUGUAUGAUCAUUUAUAAAACAUUGAUUUCUGUAUUAAAUUGUAUGUUGUCUGACUGCCCUCCACUAACAUAUUUAACAUUUAAGAUGUAUUCAAGGAAAUCUUUACAGGGACGAACCCAUAAUUUUCAUAUAUAGGCAAUGUAGUCAUCAAAUUCAAAAUUACAGAUGUAAAUGAUGUCAUUGUCAUAUAUGCAACAAGAUUUCAGUCUGAAGUUAUGGUAAAUAAUGUAUAUAAAUAACAUUUGCAUCAAAUUAACUAGACUGUUUCAUCAUCAGUGUCAUUAGUAUUUAUGCAGCUCAUAAUUUCUACUUCUACAUCAAGGACAACAUGCAUUAGGUUCAUCAGAAUACCAUCCACUGAUGUUACAACAAUGUUUAUAAGCAUACCAACAUGGAUACAUUGUAUACAGUGCAGUAUAUUACAAAUGGAGUAAGAUCAAAUAAACACAAUGUGUCUGACAU